CUAUAUUUGAUUUACCAAGCGAAGCGCUAAUUUGUGGAUAAUCUCACCAUCAAACCUAAACAACGAGGAAUACCAAUACAAUUCAGUUUUUAACACUGUAUCAUUGAUAUUAAAUUAUACUGUUGCGGUGGGGAUGGGAAGGUCAACCUGGGUUACACUACACUGUGCACAUGGCUUUCAACUCUUUUGAUGUUGUAUAUUGUUUGUUGCCGUCCUUAACGCAUACCGGAUCAUGAUACUUUUUAUCGGAUGUGAUUUACAAUGUGAUUGAUACAUCGUGGCCAGUACAGGAUUUAUUGAGAUUUAGUGUUGGAUUAACCUUAGGAUAAAAUGAUGUACUUGAAGGCCAGCAUCAUCUUCACACUUUUCCCUCUCUUAAAUAGUCAAAUGAUACAUUUUCCGAUAGAUUAUCAAGUCAAUGAAGCAUCACCGGAAGGUAUAAACUUAGCUGCACUUCGUGGAACACCAGCCUAUGGAGUAUAUAUAGAGCAAAUUAUUUCUACGGGGAAUACAAAACUAGCUCUUGCGGUGAACAAAGCUCUGAUACAGCUACCUCCAAAAAAGACAAAUGUGAUUAUUGCGCCUAUGAGCAUAACAGUCGCCUUGGCAUUAGUCUUGCUUGGUGCUAAAGGAAAAACGUUCAAUGAAGUCAGUAACAUCAUGGGUUUAGCUGCUGGAGUCGAUAUACAAGGCAAAUCACUAGUGGUUCAUGAACAUUUGAAUAAGAUUUUGCAGAAACUGACAGAAAGUUCAGGAAUACGAUAAAGGUCAACGCUGAUCAACGAGAAUCAGGUCUUGGCAACCACAGCAGUGUAUAUUGAAAAUUUCAUAGAAUAGAUUUGGACCAUCAACUCUUCCUAACAUCAGCCAUAUUUGUCCAGAAAGAUUUCCCAAUACGAAAUUUGUAUAAACAAACUGCAGAAACUAUAUAUAAAAGCUCAGUGCUGAACGUUGAUUUCAAGCAUGAUUCCAACAAAGCCGUGGAAGUAAUGAAUGCUUGGGUUACAGAAAAAACUAAGGGAAAGAUUAAAAGUAUAUUAGCUAUGCCACCAAGUGAAAGCACCAGAGUAGUCAUUGCUAGCGCUUUGUACUUCAAGGCUCUUUGGGAGCAUCCUUUCUUCGCAGAAAUGACUUUUAGGAGGCCAUUUUAUACCAAUGGAAGAAAAUCCCCUGCGACUAUGGAGGUAGAAAUGAUGUCAAACGGCGGUAAAUUUCCUUACUACAAGGACCCGACUCUCAAGUGUGAAAUUAUGGGGUUACCUUACAAAGGAAACGCUACAACCAUGUACAUUAUAGUACCAUCGGAUUCAAGUGCAGAGAGAUUGAAGGAGUUUCAGAGAACUUUAACACAACAAGACGUGGAUCGAUUAGCUGACAGUACUGAACCCAGAUGUGUCGUGAUGGGAUUUCCUAAAAUGAAGAUAGAAAGUACGAUAGAACUGAGAGACGUGCUAAGCUCGCUUGGAGUUCAGAGCCUUUUCCAAGCAGGUGAAGCUAACCUAGCAAUGCUGUCGCCUGGAGAAAUGAUGGCUGAUGCACCCAUCACAUUACGUAAUCCAGAAAAUAAUCCUAUUGUAAACUGUUCGAACAUUUUCAAUCCAAAUAGCACGGAAAAAUUGUGUGAAACCACCGACGGAACAAAGAAAAUACUCUUCAAAAAAUUUGGAGACAAGGUUGGAAGGAGAGUAGUCAAAAGAGAUGAUUUAGACAGCCUGAGGGAGUUAGUAAACGAACAGUCCUCAGGAAAUUUUCAGAAUCCAGGACUGUAUGCAAGUAAUGUUAUCCACAAAGUUUAUAUGGACAUAACCGAAACGGGAACAGAAGCUGCAGCUUCCACAGCAAUCGCCUUAGCCAGGAGUACUGAAGUAACUUUUAGAGUCGAUGUGCCAUUUUUGUUCUUUAUAAGACACGAAUUUACUAAGACCAUCCUAUUCUGGGGUUCGGUAACUGAACCGACGCCCAGUUUUCCUAGAACUUAGUCAACUAUAUUAUGUGUUUAUUUAUUUAUAACGUUUGUAAGAGUUUUGCAAUUAAUUUAGUACAUUUUUAAGUUGACCA